AUGGAAGCCAAAUCUCUUUCUGAUAUUCUCGACACCGUGAAACAGAUACUCUCGACUGCCUCCACGGUCGCAAACUUACACGCUCCCCAAAACGCAAAACCGAACACUUCAAUCCUUCCCGGAUCAAUUCCACCACUCCCAGCUCAUGCUGAAAAUUUACCAGAAAGCACUCCUCCGUUCCAACGGACCAUAGAUCGCUUGACCCAGAACAUCUUGCCAUAUCUUAAUGCCUCAAGUCUAUCAUCACGCUACUAUGGCUUCGUAACUGGCGGAGUUACCCCCGCUGCACUGAUAGGUGACAUUCUGACGAGUAUCUUCGACCAGAACAAUGCGGUACACUUACCGAGUGAGAGUGUCGGAACGAUUGUCGAGGCUGCGGCGUUGAAUAUGCUGGUGGACUUGUUUCAGUUGCCAAAGGAGGAAUGGGAAGUCGGAGGCGAAGGGAGUGGUGGUGGUGUGUUCACGACAGGGGCGACGGCGACGAAUAUCUUGGGACUGACAUUAGGAAGAGAGUGGGUGCUAACUGAGCGUGUAAAGGAGGCUACGGGAAAGGAGGCUGGCAUGUCCGUUGGUGGACAUGGCUUACUCGCCGUCGCCCAAGCUGCUGGUGUCGAUCACGUCAAGGUUCUCAGUACUUUACCGCAUAGUAGUAUCUCGAAAGCAGCUGGCGUGAUUGGUCUAGGUCGCUCGGCAGUACAGUCCAUCGUUCGAACGGGCUCAAUUCUCGAUAUCGACGUCGAGAAACUACAAUCCUUAGCCGAGGACGCAGAAGCUGAACGCACAGCAUACAUCCUCGCCAUUUCAGCAGGAGAAGUCAAUACUGGUCUGUUCGCUACAGAUUCUGGGCAUGUUAUGCAGCAGGUUCGCGAGAUCUGCGACAAGUACAAGAUCUGGAUUCAUGUCGAUGGCGCGAUGGGCUUGUUUGCAAGAUUGCUCCUGAAUCAUUUUGAUACUACUAACCAAUACGCAAAAGUUACUGCUGGUGUCAAGGGGCUUGAGUUGGCAGACUCAAUUGGCGCAGAUGGACAUAAACUCUUGAACGUCCCAUAUGAUUGUGGAAUAUUCUUUACCAGACACAAAAAAUUGAGUGAAGAAGUCUUCAGCAACGGCAACCCAGCAUAUUUGGCUAGUACAGCUACAGACCAUGUACAAAACCCCUUCAAUAUUGGUUUGGAGAACAGCAGGAGGUUUAGAGCAUUACCUGUGUAUACCACGCUAAGCGCAUAUGGAAGAGAAGGAUAUGUAGACAUGCUGCGGAGACAAAUCGGGCUAUCAAGAAAGAUUGCUGCGUGGCUAUAUGAUCAUGAGCAAUAUGACUUGUUGCCACAAGGUGGAAGUGGAAGCAAAGAGGAAGCGGUUGCGAAGAUCUUCAUGAUUGUGCUUUUUCGUGCGAAGGAUGAAGAGAAGAACAAAGGAUUAGUAAGUAGGAUCAAGAGUGAUGGAAGGAUAUAUGUAAGUGGAUCUGUAUGGGAUGGAAAACCUGCGACCAGGAUUGCUGUGAGUAAUUGGAGGGUCAAUGUCCAGGAGGAUGGGAACAUCGUCCAGGAUGUACUGGAGGAUGUAUUGAGUUAA